AAGCCAUCGUUGGAAAUUCUUGAACGUUUCCUGUAUUUUACCUGGUAGCUCGUCAGCAGGCAUAGAAAUGUCAAAAACGAAACAAACACAUUUCACUUUAUCUUUCUUUUCAGGGCACUUCUUGAAUUUCUUUGAAUCCCUGUUUAUUCCAUACUUUAUCUAAAAGUUUACCAACACUUACUUAAAGAACUCUGUAGUAGUUACCAUAAUGAUUGUAAACGAAACCAAGUUGUUGCAUCAUUUUAUUGCACUUUCUUAACCCUUACCCUGCUAAAUUUCUAUAAUGAACUUGUCCAUGUCUCAAUUUGGACAGAACCAUUAACUUUUAAAGGGGUGUUCGCUGAAAAUUUACUGACUGAAUAGCGAACAGUGCAGACCAUGAUCAGACUGCACGGAUGUGCAGGCUGAUCUUGGUCUGCACUGGUCGCAAAGGCAAAGUCACUCUCCGCCAGCACGCUAAGGGUUAAUCAUAUGAAUAUCAUGAAGCAAGUAUAUUAUCUAAAAGAAGUGCCUUUAGAAGGAUAGAAUCUGACCAAACAAACAAUUACAGACUCAAUUCGAUUGAGUCUGUACAUGAAAGGGUUAUGGAAAGUGCAACAACCCUUACGCCCCUGGCACCGCUUUAAGAGAAAAUUUUAUUACAUAGAUAUUGAAUUGACUCUAUGAUCACAAAGGACCAGAAAAUAUAACAAAACUGAAUCCAAGUACGCGGAUGCUUUCCACGGCCGCCACACAACACGUAGACGUUGUUGUUAUGAUAGUUAAAUUCAUAAGAGAUCCUUUGGAAGCAUAGAAUGAAACCAAUCAAAAUAAUAGCAGACUCUGUUCGAUUUAGUUUGUCCGUAAGAAGUAAUGGAAAAUGCAACGUCUCCUUAUGCUCCCCCCUUGUUUCGCCUUAAGCUUGAAUGUAUUGCAGAAAUAUUGAAUGAACUCAAUGAUGGUCCCAAAGGACCAGAAAAUAUAUCAAAAACGAUAGUAGAUAUACAUGUUCCGUUUUCACAGAUUGAAAUGUCAUAUUUGAGCAUGAGUUUAGUACAACUUAAUUCGAAUUUUGUAAAGAUUUUAUUCAUUGACUGUCUACAACCAUAAAUACAAUAAAUAUUUACUUUAUAAUUAAAAUCUAAAAUUUGAAAGGUGUCUCUGUCACAACUGGAAAAGAUGAACCCUUUUAUCAGUUGGGACAUAAUAGUCACGAUGACGUUUUUCAGCUGGAAUCGAAGAAGGUGAGAAAACACCGGAUACAGAUAUUUCAAUGAAUUCAGCUGUUGAAACAUCACGGGAUACUUCAGGAAAUCUUGAUGAUGGUUCAAAAGAGGGGUCGCAACAGUCUGCUACAGAAAUUAAACUAGAAUCAGAGCCUGAACCUGUCCAAGAACCGGAACCUGAACAAAUCCCAGAUCCAGAACCUGUUCCAUGCCAUGAGCAAAAGCCUGAAGUCGAGCAUGAGGGAGAACGAAAGGUAACACCAGAACCUGUUCCAGACGAAAUUGCUGAACAGGCAGAAGAACCAGCUGAAGAAAAUAAGGCUACACAAGAAAAUGACACGGAUGCUUCAAUGGUGCAGCUUUUCAGUUCACAUAGUGGGAAUACGAUAAAGGGUAUAGAAAUGCAGUUUACAGAAUUGUUAACGAAUCAGCUGAAAAAUAUUAAUUUUGUCAAAUGCAAUCAACUCGAAGAUAUAGAUUCGAAAGAGAUGCUGAUUGUCCUGUGUAUCAUUUCAUCUAGAGUAGGAACAGACGCAGCUUACGCUAUAAAAGACAUUAAUAAUCCAGCUAACACAGUUCUUAUGCUCAUCCAUAACAAAAAGAAUCAUGCCUUGCCGAAACUUACCAGUUCAUCUGUUCUUACUGACCAGAAAUUCAGGAAACUAGGAGGUGUAUUUGAUUUGGCGUUUUUUGAUGGAAGAGGAAUCUACAAAUGUGAAAUGAAUGACAUUGCUUUAAAACGAGUCUGCACCUUCAUAAAGCAAAACAGGAUAGACAGAAUUUGAUGAAAUGAUUGUCAGUCAGUUAGAUUGCUAAAGUCUUAGAUCUGCAGAAGGCCUGGAAAAUUCUGACUUCGCACACAAGUAGUGGUCAAUCAUACAUUGUAUCACAGUAUUGCUCCAAUACAAGGGUAAUUGAUCAAUUAGAAAAUACGUUGGCCACGUGUAAUUGCAUUGUUGUUGAUAAAUUUAUGAGAAGUGUAGACAUUUUUUGUUAGUUAAAAGUUUUCUCAUUAAUACGUGAUACCUUAUGUAUGUGAUAAGUAAGUACAAUAUGAUAUUUUUCAAAUUCAAAGACAGUUUUGUUUGUUCCCUUAAAUGAAAUAAGGGAGAUAUAAAACGAAAGGGGAUUAGGUAGAAAUCCAGGCAGCCGCUUGUAUAGUAUAGCGAGAAUAUUUAUUGAUUUUGAAUAACGGUAAUAUUAAGGUCAGUCCUUGAUAGCGUUUAUUUCAUAACAUACUAUUGCCUUUACAUCAUCACAUAUUUAAUUUCACCUUCGGACAAUUCAGCUACAAUCCAUUAGUUACUCCCUCUGUAUGGUAUGCUUAAAAGACCGCAAACUUACAAUAAUGCACACAUUAUGGCAAGCGAUGAAUAAACAAAUGUGACAUUUCGUUUAAAACAUGUUAUUAAGUAAAAUAUUUCAUGAAAAUUGAGAGCGUUAUUUCUUGAUGCGUACAUGGCGCUAAA